AUGCGCAGCGGGGACGGCACGGGGCACCCCGGCACCGAGCGUUGGGGUGCGGGCAGCCCCUCUCCCACUCUGGCCCUGCGCCUGCCCUACACCGGGCUCAGCAGCCUGGGGGGGCUGCCCCCCGCCCUGCAGCGGCUCCUGGCUGCCCCCACCCAGCUCCGCUGGCUCGACCUUUCCUUCAACCGCCUGACUGCCAUAGACCCGGUGCUGGCCACGCUGGGGGGGCUGCAGAGCCUCCACCUGCACGGGAACGCAGUCAGCUGCCUGAGCGAGGUGGACAAACUGGCAGCCCUGGCCCGGCUGCGCCGCCUGACAUUGUAUGGGAACCCCAUGGAGGAAGAGAGGGGCUACAGGCGCUACGUGCUGGCCCUGCUGCCCCAGCUCAGCACCUUGGAUUUCAGCGCUGUGACCCAGCAGGAGCGCAGCGAGGUGGCCCUGUGGGGACACACACACACCCGGCCCCGGCCACACCGAGCUUCGGCGUGACAGGUAGGAGCAAAGAGGGGGGCACCCAGCCCCGCUGUGGGGCUGCCCCAUGGCACCCACCCACAGGAUUCUGCCUUUUGGGGCACAGCCCCCAGAGCGUCUCCCCUGCAGCACAGCAGCUUCCUGGGAGCCCCCAGGACAGCCACACCACCGUCACCUGUCAGUACAGCCCGUGCCCAUCCUGGAGCUGUGCUGAGUCAGACAGGAGGGCUCACAGGGGCGGAGGGAGGGGGGGUGGGCUUGGUCUUUUUGGCAGCACCCCCCGGUGCUUGGGCAGCACGAGGAGCAGCGGGUGCAGGGGGUCCCAGAAAGUUUGUAGGGGCAGAGCAAAUCCCAAACAACAGAGCACGCAGCAAAGAACCGUCCUCAAACAGGAGCCCCUCACCCCCC